CUACGAAAAACCACAGCAAAGUAUCCUAUCAAGAGAAUGGAUUUCAAAGUUUUUUCUGUGCCAAACGGAGCCUUAAACACUUCUCAAGAUAACGUUUUUAACGGUCAAGUUCCAAAAUGUAUUUACGUGACCAUGGUAGACAACGAUGCUUAUUCAGGAAACUACAAGAAAAAUCCUUUCAAUUUUAAAACUAACGACCUCAGUUUCCUAGGAGUCUACGUGGACGGUGAGCCGUUACCUGGUAAACCACUUCAACCAAGUUUUGAUCCAGCAAAAGGAUUAGGUUUUAUCUCUGCCUAUCAGUCAAUGUUCACAGGAACUGGGAUGAUGUUUGAGGAUCUUGGAAAUGGUAUAAGUCGAGACGAGUUCAAUCAAGGCUAUGGUAUAUUUUGUUUUGAUUUGACACCUGACUUGAGCAACGGCGCGCACUACAACUUGAUAAGAAAGGGAAAUCUUCGCCUUGAGCUUCAGUUUGCCAAAACCUUACCACGAAGUACUAACAUCAUAGUUCUAGCUGAGUUUGAAAACCUGAUCGAAAUUGAUAAUCAAAGGAACGUUUUGUUUGACUUUACAAACUAACAUGAACACCC